UGUGGGCCACAGUGACAUAGCCAGGACCAUCGAGAAAGAUCAUCUACAGUCUACUGGUGCAAGCAAUCCUACUGAUGUGAAGUCAGAGGUUGACGAAAAUCACCAGUUGAUCAAUGAUGAUUUAACUGUUUUCCUAGACGAGCUACUAGGUAAAGGUGCAUUUGGAGCAGUCUUCAAAGGCAGCUACAGGGGCGAGAUUUGUGCAGUCAAACUUCUAAUUUACGAGGCUGUAGAAAUGCAGACAGGUUUCCCAACCGGCAAAAGUGAAGAAGCCAGCAAAGCAUUUGAUCGUGAGUGUGAGUAUCUCCAGUCACUCCAGCACCCAAACGUUGUUCUGUAUUUGUCGACUGCCAAGCACCCCAAAUCAGGUGGCCCAAUCCUCGUUGUUGAGCUGAUGGAUUGCAAUCUGAGAUCCUAUUUAUCUAGCCUUGGUGAAGAGUCUCUCACUAGCGAAUGUGAAAUUAGCCUCUCCAAAGACAUGGCUUGUGGUCUGGCCUACAUUCAUAGCAAGCAGAUUAUCCACCGUGACCUCUGUGGCGAUAACGUCUUGCUGAAGCUUACACGACCAGUGCCUGUUGCAAAGAUUUCCGACUUUGGCAUGUCACGGUUAUACGAUCCCUCCAAGCUUAGCCACACCCUCACAGCCAUUGGUCACCGUAUGGGGUAUCUACCUCUCGAGGCUAUUCGAUUGGAAAAGGAGAAAUACGAUAGCAGCCUGGAUGUGUUUUCCUAUGGGGUGAUUGUGACGCAGAUUAUUUGCAAGCUGGAGACGAUCAAAUCAGCCAAGGAGCGAUCAUUCCAUGUUGCCCAGAUCCCUCACACACACAGGUUGAGGAAGCUUAUCGACAGUUGCUUGCAAGAAGACAUGAGCAGGAGACCAUCUGCCAGGGACAUCUAUGCUGACCUCACAACAAGCUCAGACCCAGUGGAGGCAACAAAGAGGGAGUCAAAGGACACUCAACCAGUCAAGAAGUCAUACAGGGAACAGAUUGAGCACAAAGAUGCUGUGCUGGUCAGGAGAGACGCCAUCAUUCAACAUCAACAUACCAUAGUGGAAGAUGUGUGUAAGAAGACUGGAGUGACGGACCAACAACUCAAUCAAGAAAUCCCUGAGAGUGACAUCAUUCUAAUCGCGGAGAAAUUUCCUCACCUGAGCGUGCACAAGGCUUUGACAAUUAUUGAUCUACAACAUGUUUACGAGAAACUUAGAAGUGCCAGCCCUCACUGGUUCAAUCUGGGAUUGGCUCUAGGUCUAACUCAUCCUGUUCUCACCAACAUGAAUAGCGAGCAUCGUGGAAAUAAUGUGUCGUGCUUGCGUGAAAUGUUGGCUAAGGUCCUGAGUACACAACAUGUAACAUGGAGUCUCCUGUUAGACGCUCUCAAAAAGCCCACAGUGGAUCUCAUCAAUUUGGCUGACAGCAUUACAGUGAAUCAAUCCACAACUCCUAACCUGCUGGAUCGACUCAACCUCACCCCAGCCGACCUCGGUGAUGUAACUGAUGUUACACAUAUCAAAACAUUGCAAUGUGAAAUGUCAAAUUAAAAUUGUUACCGCCCACUCAAUAAUUGUGACGUUUCGUGUCAUAACUUGUCAUAUUUGUCAUUUCCUCUUCAUAAUAAAUAAUAAAAGUACUGCAGUGUAAUUAGCAAACAAGGUAGCAUAGAUUCAAGUUAGCAUCUGUACCUUUCUUCUGCAGACCAGAUUAUACCUUAAUCUUGGUUUCUAACUCAAAAUACAAUGAAAAAGAUAUAAACUAAGUCUGUAAUCAGUUAUCAGUGUCACUGUUCGGACUUUCAUCCAGUCCAUCAAGUCUACCAGCUAUUCUCUCCAUUCAUAAUUACUCUACUCAUCAUCAUAUCCAAUAUGUGUAUGUUAACUAUCUCUUGAUGGAUCGUCAGUGUCGGUAAAUCCCACCAGGAGAGAGUUUUUCAGGGGCUUUCUUCAGUUCCUGGGCACUGUCUUUGCUUUGCCUUGCUUGUCUUGGAAACUUGACAUCAGCUCUAUGUUACAGUAGUAUACCUUGGCUGUUACUUGGGCUGAUCUGUCAUCCUCAGUAGGUAUACAGUAGUCUAGCUGGCACAAUAAACUUUAGCUAGCUCUACUUACAUGCACU